AUGGCUUCUUUUCGCGAAGCACGAAUUGCCCUUUUGGACGCCUACAUGGACGGUCUAUUAGAUGACGACGAAUUUCUAGUACUUUGGCAAGCACACAAGUCAAAGAACCCAGAGUUCCCUUAUGAAGAACAUGGCCGAUUUUCCUUCGACGAACUUGACGAAGCAGAAUGCAAAGCCGAAUUUCGAUUCGAGAAGAGAGACCUACCAGUCCUUGUCAACGUUUUGGGUAUUCCCAACCAGUUUACUUGUUCGCAGCGUACUGUUAGUGAUGGGAUGGAAGGAUUGUGCAUGGUGUUGCGAAGAAUGGCGUACCCUUGCCGCUACAGCGACCUUAUUCCCCGGUUUGGUAGGCCAGUUCCCGUCUUAAGCAUGAUCUGUAACCGCGUAAUUGAUUAUAUUUACGAUUCGCACGUACAUCGCCUCACUUCAUGGAAUCCCCAGCUGUUGGACCCUGCCUCUCUUCAGAUGUAUUGUGAUGCAAUUUCUAGGAAUGGUUCUCCUCUCGACAACUGCUUCGGGUUCAUUGAUGGCACGGUCAGACCAGUAUGCCGCCCUGGUGAGCAGCAGAGAGUGCUCUACAAUGGCCACAAGAGGGUGCACGCCCUAAAAUUUCAAUCGGUUGUCUUACCAUCCUGA